CUCCUGCCAUUCGAAUCUCCACCUCCUAUAUUUAGCAAAAACACGUGAGCCACCAGUGCGACGAAAAAGGUUGAACAAUCACGAGCGGGAUGUAGGACUGAAGUUACCUACUAUUCUAUUAUCAGCGCGCAACGUCAGUGAAGGUACAUGACGAAUUAAUCCGUUCAUAAAUUUGAACCAUCCGCGACAGACAACAUUCACCAGAGAGCUGUGUGUCGGAUGGCUUGCCCUGGAAAAGUUUUCGCCGAGUCAAGUGCACCGCAGUGCAACAAUUGCGGAGUGAGGUUCAGGUGCUUUCCAAAAUGAGUUCAAGUUUGGCGGAGGGCCUAAGUGUGCAGGACGUUAGCCGAUCGCUUCAACGGUUUGGCUUAGCUGAUUAUUUGGUGUUCUGUGGAAUGCUGUUGGUUUGUAUUGGCAUAGGAAUACUGUUUGGGUGGAAGGAUCAUACGAAGCAUGCCAGGCGGCAAAGCCUUCGGAGGGGUUCGGAAGCUCUCGACUAUCUGGUCGGAGGACGGCGAAUGAAGAUCUUUCCUGUGGCAAUGUCAUUAGUGGCAAGUUUCAUUUCUGGAAUUGCGCUUAUGGGUGCAUCCACUGAGACAUAUUUAUACGGGAUGCAGUUUGCGUACAUAUUCUUGGGCAUCAUUGCAAUGGGUAUUGCGAUGUACUUCAUUUUCCUGCCCGUGUUUCAAGGCCUUCAAAUAACGUCGGUCUACGAAUACCUGCAGAUGAGGUUCGAUAGAAGGAUACGCUUGCUGGGGUCAGUGCUGUUUACAGUAGCAACACUUUUACAUCUACCGAUAGUAAUAUUUGUGCCAGCGUUGGCAUUCAAUCAAGUCUCUGGCGUCAAUGUCCACUUCAUUACUUCAAUUGUCUGUACAGUUUGUAUUUUUUACACCGGUGUGGGUGGCAUCAAGGCAGUCGUUUGGACCGACGUGGUGCAGACCGUUGUUAUGGUUGGUGCUCUGAUACUGAUUGUCAUUAAGGGAACAGCUGACAUUGGAGGACUUGGAGUACUUAUCGAAAGGAAUUUGGCUAGCGGAAGAAUCGAACCACCCAAUUUCAACUUGGAUCCCACAGAACGCACUACAAUCUGGGCGAUUUUCUUCGGCGGUGGAUCAUUCUGGAUAGCGAAAAACUCGAUCCACCAAAUGAUGAUUCAGAGGUAUCUGUCGUUGCCAUCCCUAGCCGAUGCUCGAAAGGCUCUGAUCCUGUUCACUAUCGGAAUGAUUUGCCUGAUGAUGACCUGCUUCUACAACGGUUUACUCAUCUAUGCCACAUUCCACGAUUGCGACCCAUUGACAACGAAGCUGGCCAAAGAGAAGGACCAGUUGCUACCGAUUCUAGUGAUGAAAGUUUUCGGAGAUUACCCCGGAAUGGCGGGUCUAUUCAUUUCAGGAAUCUUCAGUGCCUCAUUGAGCUCUCUAUCGACCGGACUGAAUUCUUUGGCAGCAGUUGUCCUGGAGGACUUUGUCAAACCCUUUCUGGGAUUCGACCUGACGGAACGCCAAACGCGCUAUUUGAUGAGAGGAACUGUGCUUCUCUUUGGGGUUAUUGCUGUAGCUCUUGUGAUGGUUGUGGAGAAACUUGGAACCGUUCUGCAGCUCUCAAUGAGUUUAGUCCCUAUAUCUUUGGGACCACUGCUGGGAGUAUUUCUAAUGGGGAUGCUCCUUCCCUGGAUCAAUGCUAAGAGCGCCCUUGCUGGAACAUGCACGGGCUUGCUGACCAUGUCGUACAUCGUCAUUCGAGCGCAAAUAUCAAUCGCCAUGAAGGAGAUUUCACAUCCCAUCAAACCACUAUCGGUUGCGGGCUGCACUUACGCCUUUACUAAUAUUACAAAACCUCUAGAUGAGACGAAUCACAUCCCAACAGAAAAAUCCAUCCACCAUGUGUCAUUUCUGUUUUACACAUUGAUAGGGGUUUUCAGUACAUGUGUCUCCGGCAUUAUAUACAGCUUUAUUUUUGGUCAACAAAACAUUUCCGAAAUGGACCCGCUGUUGGUGGCCCCAUUCUUAAGAAGCGCAGUAUUCCCCAAGCGACCUACCCCCAUAACUGCCGUUGUACAUAGUUUCGAAAAAAUAGACACAAAAUUGUAGGGAAAACAUGAAAAUACAAUUAAAAAAAUCGACACAGGUUACAUCACCGUUACUUUUUAUUU